AUGACCAACAAGGACAGCGAAGCCCAGCAUAUUGAGGAGGCCGGUGAUAAACCUCACUUUGCCGUCUCGAAUGAGGGCGAGAAAGGGGUUAGUGUCCAGCAGUGGACCGAGGAGGAGGAGAAAGCGCUGGUGAGAGCCAUCGAUUGGCGCGUUUUCCCGAUGCUAUGCAUCGUCUUCGCGCUGUCGUUACUGGACCGAACGAACAUAUCUGCAGCAUACAUUGCUGGUCUUGGAGAGGACAUUCAGCUAUUACAAGGGUCAAGGUAUAACAUUGCGCUGUUGGUAUUUUUCAUUGGAUACGGCUUAUUUGAGAUUCCAUCGAACCUUGUUAUUCGACGCGUUGGUGCCAGAAUCUGGCUCAGCUUCCUGAUUACAUCCUGGGGAGCCUGCGUUCUGGGAAUGGGGUUCGUUCGGAGCUGGACCACUUUGACUGUGUGUCGUGCGCUACUUGGUAUCUUCGAGGCUGGAUUGUUCCCGGGUGCGGUCUUUAUUAUCGGUUCGUGGUACCGGCAAUAUGAAACGGCCACUAGGGUCUCGCUGUUCUACAUGGCGGCACUAACAGCUUCUGGUUUCGGACCGAUCCUUGCUUACGCAUUCUCUCUGAUACGAGUUGGGGAUGGAAUAUAUGCGCAAGGUUGGCGUUGGAUAUUCAUAAUUGAGGGAAUCGCAACGAUUGUGGCCGGCAUUGCCGCUGCAUUCUUCCUUGUGCAGUUCCCUGACAAGGCAAGCUGGUUAAAACCACGACAAAAAGAGAUUGCGAUUGCUCGCCUGUCUAUUGACAAACAGUCAAGAGAGUACAAACAUCCCUCGCUGAAGGAGGCAUUUGUGAUGAUGCGGGAUUGGAAGUUGAUUGUUUAUUCUAUACAAUACUUUAUCGCAGCGUCAGGCGUAUACUCUAUCGCCUACUUCCAGCCCAUAAUCCUCCGAGACGGAAUGGGGUUUAGCUAUGCCCUAUCCCAGAUACUGUCAUCCCCGCCCUAUAUAUUCGCCAUUAUCAUGUCCCUACUCAUGGCCUGGCUUUCGGAUAAGUAUAAAAUCCGCUGGCUGGUCCUCGUCAUCCAAGCCCUUUUCGCGGUCGUUGGACUUCUGAUCACUCUGUACUGCCGCCCACCCGGCGUACGUUAUUUCGGGUUGUUCUUCGCUGUCUUCGGGACACAGGCAAACGUACCGAGCACGCUAUCCUAUGGACAGAGCCAGGUUGCCACAGUGGAGAAACGGGGUGUUAUUGCAGCUGCUAUGAUUUCUGUUGGGGCUGCCGGUGGAAUUACGGGGUCAACAAUUUUCAGGACCCAGGACGCUCCGACAUACCUCCCUGGUAUGUGGGCUACGAUUGCGAUGCAGAUGCUGUAUAUACUUGUUACCCUGGGAUUCUCGUUCUACCUUAACCGACAGAACCGUCUUGUGGAAGAAGGGAAACGGGAUGCGUUGGAGGGCGUGGAAGGAUUUCGGUAUGCUCCGUGA